CAAGCUCGCAAUGCUAGAUGACAGGGGCAUUGAAAGUGCUUCAAUAAUGUCUCCCCUGAGCAUCCCCGAGUACCAAUACUUAGUGCAAAAUAGGGAGGAUAACUUGAGAAGCAUUCUCAAUCCCUUAGAGCCCAUGAUCAUGCGAAUUCAGAGUGUAUUAGUGUGGGAAAGGCCUAGGAUUUCAGUGGCCAUGCUCCUGUUCGUGAACUUCAUGUUUUGGUUGGCUACAACAACUAGCCUUCGAUUCUAUUACCUUCUGGCAAUGGCGGUCCUGGUGGUGAUAUUUCUAGAGACCUGGAAGAAUCGUAUCUGGCCAGAGAUACGUGUGCCAACCCCUGAUGAUGAAGACAGUGAAGGAUGGACACCAGUCCACCCACGGCUGCUUAGCGUGCCUGAACUUGCUCAUCUCGUCGCGGAGUACUGGACGACAUUAACAUACUAUAGUAACGCAUUCUGGGAUCUGAGGAGGACGAAACCGAGAAAGUUUUGUCUGUAUGUCUGCUCCGGUUGUCUGCUGCUUGCCAUAGUUGGAACAUACGUCACCGGAAUAAUGAUAUCAUACAUUACAGUAAUGAGCCUCCUUCUCUGGCCUUGUAUGUACUACCAUAAUUUCUUGAAGAAAUUUUAUAUCAAAUUCGAACCGCUACUGAUGCAGCUUCAUUAUAGCAUGAAGAUUAAAAGGAAGAGAGCUCACCAAAAAAAGCCAACGCCCCCAGAGGAUGAAGACAAAGACCGCGUAGAAACCGACACUGACAGUGAUAUCGAAUCGUUUGUGCCUUCUGACGACCCAGAGGCAACCGCUGCCCUAGCUCGUGCCAUAACGGACAGCGAAGACGAAGGGUCACCGUGCCCUUCUCCAAUGGAGCGGAGUGUCGAGAGAGAAAUGCCAGUUGUUGAUGAUAUCCAUGAUGAUGACCUCAGCGACCUUGAAGACUUCACCGCUGGCUUGAAUGGCCUACCAUCCUUCACAGACACGCGCCUCGACGAAACUGAUCCAAGUUUAGCCGAUUUGGUCGGUCAGUUAGAGCCUGGGGACAGGGUUGGCGAUGCGAAUGAAACACCGCCCCCUGAGGUGGAAGAAGACACCGUGACUGAGAGCGUGUCUACUCCAACUGCUGAAGGCACCGACGAAUCUAUGAAAUUCGUUUCAACGCAUUUUAAACAGGACUCCGAUUCUUCGGACAAUGGUGACGAUACGCUCGGUGAAGGGGCGUUGAGCGAGGGACUAGAUUUCGGAAAGUUUGACGAAAGUGAGGAGGCAGAGGAAACGUCAAAGGAUGCGUCGGCUGUUGUCAUGGCCGCUGUCGCAGGUCAGGUGAUGUCACAGACGUUAUCCAACGUGGUUUCAGGUACUCUGUCGGGCCUAGCUCGUUUAACCGAGACGGUCCGCGUGCCGAGUUCGACGCCCACGAUUACUGAAAUUGACGAUAAUACACAAAACAAUAACGCCGGAACAUUACGGCGAUCACUUUCACAUUCCGAUUCAGAUCUUGGCGAUUUUGAAGUUCUGGACAAAAAUGAAUUGGAUGCUAUGCAAGAUGACACUCAAUAGAAUUGUUAGGUUUGUUUUCAUUUGGUAGAAUGCAACAUAUCCUAUGAAAACAGGGUGGUGGCCAAUUAAGUUAAUGUGGUACAUAGCCCUGGUACAAUUAAGACUCAGUGUGCAUUGGUGUGUACAACCAGCUCUUUUCAACACUGUAGUGGCUCUAAAUUGUACAGCUUUACCAUACUUUUAUCCAAAAUUAACUUUGCUGAGUGGAGAUAUGGAAUGGUGUAGCUCAAACCCACUUUGAUAAACGUGUCUGUAUUUUUCAUCCACAAAGUUAAAGUCAUCAUAUUUAAUGUCAAUUACCACAGAUUGUUAAUAGACGGGUCUAUGUUCUGCAUCUAAGUCAAAAUAUUAUUACUGAGGGUUGUGCAAUGUUAAGGCGAAAAAUCUACUCUGUUGGAUCAGAAACCUGUAUUAUUUCACUUUUAACUGAAUUGCAUGAACCAAGUGUUGAUGUGAUGGACGACUUCUUUUGCAAACCAAAAGCAGUGUUAACCACCAUGUUCUCAUUUUGGGGAACGAAUUGAAUCUUCAGAAACGGUCCGAGAUCAUUGUUUGGAUAUUGUGAUCAGUGCAUGUAUAUAUGUUUUAGGUGGUCCCUAGAAUAAAAUUUAUCAUUAUUUUGUAAAUAUUGUAAUAUAUUGUAAAUGGAUGGAAGUAGAUAAUUAUAUGCAGUUGACUCUGUUAAUGUUUAAUGGAUUGUUAUAGGUUUUUGAAUCUGUAAUGCAGACAGAUUCGGUGUAGUUGUAUAAUGGGGAUCUUAAGAUUUCUCUUAUCUGUAACGAACUUCUUGAGGAUGUGGAUCACACACAAUUUGAAGAAACACUGAAUUGGGUCCUAAGAACAGGCCCUUAAAAAAUGUUUAUGACACCCUCUUCAGUACUCUUUAUGUGGAACCAAGUGGUUGGGUAUUAUUCUUUGUUCAUUUGCUAAAAUAUGUUUGAUGUAGUACAUCUGAUGUAAAUUUAUUUUCAUGAUUUCAUUGCGUGUAUGUGUUCAAGAAUUCUGCACAAUCAUUUGGUAGUGAACUAAAUUGUUUAUUUCUCCAGGUAUGAUUUCUACCCUUCUGUGCUCUGUGUAUCUGUGAUGAAUAAAUAUACUGAUCAGAUUA